GCUUAUUUAUCGGAAUGACUUCCAAGGAAACCCCGAAGAAAACGUAUCGAACUUCGAAAUCUUCAAUAGAUUCGACUUCUUGUCGACUUUGCAGAGCUGUUGGCGACAUAAGUCACCGCAAGAAUAUAUUCAAGCCUUCAAAUAGAGCUUUACUCAAGAUUGCGGAACAAAUUUGCGGGCAUGCUAUUGUUUUCGAGGCGAAUUUGCCCCAUCUGAUAUGUAGACCAUGCGAGCGCAGGCUUAAUAACACAAUGGAAUUUCAAAAAGUUAUUCUGGAGACCGAACGAUUCUUUCACCAAGAUGACUCAAGUGAAACUCGGUUCAAACGCUGUGUCAAUGUCUCACCAUCUAUUUCCCAACCGCCAAAAUCUCGCCGAGCUACAUCUACUACGCCUUCAGGAAGAGUUUCAUUGUCGUUUGAUUCUUGUCAAGAUUCCACGCAGAAUAUAGAAAAUGUAAAUCCUUUACAAGUUGAUCAAAAUUUGAAACAACAACUCAACUCAAUGUUAAGAGAAGCCAACAAAGAAUUGUUUGAUAUCACCAGAAGAGAUGAGCCAUCUGUGUUGAGAGAUAGAAGCUUCGAAGGGUUGUCCAAGGAGACUUGGAUGGUUGAAAUUGUAAAUGAACUCUCAACUAGAUGUCCCACUGUUGCUGAAAUCCUAUCAAGCUUGCUAAAUUGCUCCAUGUUGAACCUAGGAAAAAAGCUAUCCCCUAUUUGCUUGGUUUAUGGUAUUAUCAUGUUUAUGAGAUGUCAUGAACUGAGCAGAGUACAAAGGAUUAAUACUGUUCUCCUGACUGAAGGAAAAGCAUCAAGUAAUUUGUUUGAGCAACUUAACAAGUAUGGUUUCUGUCUAAGCAUUUCUAAAAAGUAUGUAGUCCUCGAUGACAUUGGGAAGCACUUUUUGGAUCAUGCUGUAGAAUUGCUAAAGUCUGGAAGGAAGUUUGUCUUUGUUGUUGACAACAUAGAUUGGGAGGAGAAGGUGCAUGAUAUGCGAGAGGUUCAUCAAAAUAAGAGUGUGCAUGCAGUUGCAACCAGCAUGGUGUUCACCAGAGUUUCAAGCGACCACCUUCCUGAUGACGGCCCUCAGAAAGAUAUAAGGACUUGCGACUUUCGUGAACUUGUUGGAAUAAAGGAGGAAGAAUUGAGGACGAUUCAAAAUCGAUACAGGAUACUAAUAGCAAGAACCCUAAUCACAAAGUUUCAAGAGUUUUCAAGCCUUAAAUCUUGUCUGUCUGAGGAACUUCUCCUUCAUCAUGAGAAUUCUGCAACAGCAUCACGGAAAUCAGAAAUUGUCACAAUGCCAGUAUUAAUGAAGGAUGAAAAAAAAUACAGUGAUUGUGUCGAUGUGUUAGAUCAGUUGGAAGAAUGGACCCAAGAAAUAUACAAGGCAAGUGGUAUGUGCAAAGAUCCGCCUGACCAGCCUUCUGUUUCCCCACCCUUGGUGGAAGUUCCAACUCGGCCAGAUCAACCUAGAUCCCACAUCCCACCAGCAUCAUCAAACUUUGACCCACUUCAAGAAGUAAAGAUUCCUUGUUUUGGUGAUGAAUUGACAAGAGUCAGGUUCGCUGGUGCACGUGAUCUACGUUCCGGUUGUCAUACUGCAAAGCAGCGUCUUGACCAUCUGUAUCCAUAUCGUAUUGUAGGAUGGCAUACGAAGAGGAGUUUUUUAAAGUCAGUCUUUAAACGGCUCUACAAAAAUUCUGGAAGAGAAAAUGGUACGUUGCGAUACUUCCGAGAAGUGCUCAAUCGAAGAAAUGUGACAGUUGAUGUCAAGCAUUAUGAAGACUGUGAACAACUCUUCAUGAGUGUUGGUCACUGUUAUUUGGUAGAAGCUUUGCUCGAGUUCUUCAAAAUGGAAGAUGUCAACACGUCUCCUGAAGAAAAUAAUCAUUUUCUCAUUGAUGAUUUAAAUAAUGAAGAAAAGAAGACCCAAGUACUAGCAGUAUUGGACAAGUUUGUCGCACAGUACAUUUAUCCAACAUUGGAUGAAAACAGCAUGGAAUCCUCAGAUGAUGACAGCACUGAUGGUGUCUUCAACUAUGCUAUCAACAUAUUGAAGUCUUUCAUGAUUCUUCUGGAUUGCAAGAAUGCUGUGGCAUCUGGAAAUGGGGAGCAUUUAGCACUAAUCCAGAAACAGAUGUUGUAUUACUUUUCAUCUAUUUCUGGAUUCAAUGCAUAUGCUAUCAAGAUGCUUAUUGCUAUAGUGCAGAAUGAAGUCCUUCUUUCACCCAGAGAGGCACAUCAGUGCAAGUGGGCAGCAUUGGCUAAUUGGAAUGGAGGAAAUGACAAAAACAUUGAGAUUGACCUACUGCAAGAAAACCGAAAUGCUGAUCUUAAAGGUUUUAUUCGUCUGAUGGGUGCUAAUAAGACAGAAAAGGCAAUUGGAAGAAUGAGCAAGGCAGUUGGUGGAGUUCGCAAGGUUGUUGAUGCGUUUAAUGAACAGGCAGCAAUCAAACGCAAGUCAUCAGCCCAUUCCCAUAGGUCCUCUUCACAAGAUGAGGAUAAAGUUUCCAGUGAUCUACACAAAUUAAAGCCCUUCUCCCCAGUUAUUGGCCGAUCCCACAAUUCAUUUGCGGGGAUUUCUUCUGACCCUUUAGAAGAUUUAAAUGAAAACGUGUUCUCUGAAUGGCUCAAACGACACCAGAAGAAUAUUUCAUUGCAUUUCCCAGCAGUUGAUAAUACACCUGCAGUUGAACCACUAGAGGACAGUGAUGAACAAAGUAACUAGAAACUUAGUGUGCUCCUUAGUAUUAAAUUUUCAACAGAGCACUAAUUGACACUUGAACAGCACAAAACUGCUAUUGCACUAAUGUCACAAUCUGGCAUUGUUGAUCAUUUAAUGACUGCUUACUGCAAAUAGAUCUUACCAUUUUAGGCUUAUUGCAUUUUCCCAAUGGUUGUUUCCAUGUUUGACUGUUUAGAGUGUCAGGCACACUAAAAUCUAAGCCAUGUUGCACCAUAUAUAUAAUAUUUGCAUGUUUUAUUCUCUUGCCAUUGGGGUGUUGGGUUGUUAUUUGCAUAUUGUGAACUGAGUUCAACCGGGGACCAAACAACUGUUUAAUGUUAUUGA